AUGUUCUCGUGUUGCUUCCCCACUUCGAGAGGCUGCUGCUUCAGGAAUGGAGGGAAUGAGAGCCUUUUCCGCCGAUGCCGAAGAAGGCUCAUCCCUCACCCCAGACGCCUGUGGCCCUUUGUAAGAAGGUGCACCCGGGUACCACAGGGCAGCCCGGGGCAGGCCCUAGUGGGCCAGGCCACACCAGAGAUCCCAUCGGGGCUGCAUCUGCACACUGCCCUCCUCCAGGAGGAGAUUCGGGAGCCCAUGGAGGCACAGGCACAAGCUCCUGGUCCAUUUGAAGAAAUAGAAGCACUUCCAGCACCAGCUGUUGAGCCAGAGCCAGCAUGGGAAGAGCCCCCUCCAGAGACAGCGCUGGUGGAGGGAGCUCUGGCCAAGGACCAACCCAAUGAGGGGCUGCCUGAAAUUAUGGCACCUGCUGUAGCCACUGACCUUAGCCUUGCAACUGAAAACGCGGCUGUAGAGGGAAGUCGGAGGGAGGGGGUGACCAACACAGCCCCAGCCAGCAGCUCCCAUGCUGCCCCUAGUCCUGGGCACGGUGGCAAACAUGGAGGCGGAGACCAGGGUUUUGAGCCUGGGCUCCUCUACCUCGCUGGAGAGAGGCUUGUGUCAUUCACUAGAGCUGCAGUCCUGCUGCUGCAGGGCCUGUUUAUUCUACUGCUGCUGUUGGGGUCCAUCUGUGUGCAGGAGGUGCUUGAGGGCAUUAAAAGAAGGCUGAGAGGAAGAAUUCCAGUAGCUCCUCCUGCACCCAGAGGCGGCCUCCUCCUCCAGGGAUGGAUGUCUGUCCACAACUGGGCAUCCGGGCUGUUUGCCCCUGUCAUGCUGCCCAGGACAGGCUCUUAA